ACGGCACGUCAGAGCCGAGUUUCCCAAACAUCUGCGCUCGAGGAGGCUCAGCUUCAGUAACGUCAACUCACUGGGGUUAGCUUAGCUUAGCUUAGCUUAGCUUAGCAUAGCUACGGCUGCCAGCUCCAGUUCCGUCAUCAGCAUCAAAUAUGGUAUAAAAAGCAGAAAAAGAUGAAUCUUCGAGGAUUCUUUCAGGAUUUUAAUCCAAGUAAAUUCCUGAUCUAUGCGUGUCUGCUGCUGUUCUCGGUGCUGCUGUCUUUACGUUUAGACGAAAAUAUAGAGUGGAGUUACUGGGCUGUGUUUGCACCCAUCUGGCUCUGGAAGCUGAUGGUUAUCAUCGGGGCAUCAGUGGGCACUGGGGUAUGGGCACACAACCCUCAGUACAGGGCUGAGGGCGAAACCUGUGUAGAAUUUAAGGCCAUGUUGAUCGCUGUUGGGAUCCAUCUCCUCCUCUUGACGUUCGAGGUUCUGGUGUGUGACCGUGUGGAGAGAGGGAAACACUUCUGGCUUCUGGUCUUUAUGCCUCUGUUUUUUGUCUCACCUGUCUCUGUGGCAGCGUGUGUUUGGGGCUUCAGGCACGACCGCUCACUUGAGCUUGAGAUCCUGUGCUCUGUAAACAUACUGCAGUUCAUCUUUAUCGCACUGCGGCUAGAUAAAAUCAUCACCUGGCCGUGGCUGGUGGUCUGUGUGCCACUGUGGAUUCUCAUGUCCUUCCUGUGCCUAGUGGUGCUUUAUUACAUCGUCUGGUCUGUGCUUUUCCUGCGCUCAAUGGACGUGAUUGCAGAGCAGCGUCGCACACACAUCACUAUGGCCAUCAGCUGGAUGGCUAUUGUUGUGCCCCUGCUGACUUUUGAGAUCCUCCUCGUGCACAAGUUAGAUGGUCAUUACGAGUCCAAAUUUGUGCCUGUCUUUGUGCCACUGUGGAUCUCUCUGGUGACACUGAUGGCAACGACGUUCGGCCAAAAAGGAGGCAAUCACUGGUGGUUUGGCAUUCGUAAGGAUUUCUGUCAGUUUCUUCUGGAACUCUUUCCUUUCCUGCGGGAGUACGGCAACAUCUCCUACGACCUGCAGCAUGAAGACUCGGAGGUUUCCGAAGAACUUCCUGCCCACGAGCCACCUAAAAUCGCCCCCAUGUUCCACAAGAAGACUGGCGUCGUCAUAACACAGAGUCCUGGGAAAUACUUCGUACCUCCACCUAAAUUAUGCAUCGACAUGCCGGAUUAAAAAUAAACUCCAAAUUCCUUGAACAUUGAGUGAGAGGAAUGUAGUGCCACGGUCUGGACCUGACGCCGUGUCAGAGAGAGAACACUGUAAAUGAGUAAACAGCUCCUGUGUGCAGCAGAACAACCUGAAUAAAGCAGCAGGUAGUGAGCAUAACUUCCUCCGGUAAACUCUUCCACAAAUCUAACUUCUCAUCACUCCUUUAACAACCACUAGUAAGCUGAGUACAAUGUGGAGGACGUUAUGUAGCCAAAGAACUUGGUUCCAAUGCUGCCAUUUUAUGCAGCAAUUCAUGUUUUUUUUCUUUUGUUCACAGUAGUGAAUUAUUGAAUUAUUUUUGCUAUGACUUUAUGUUUGUAGAUUCAGUCAGUGUUCACUAGAACAAAUCAAGGACAUUGACUCACCAACACAGGUUUAUUGUUUCUGGACCAUGUUGGAGUGUUUAUAGUCUUAUCACAUUGUGAUGUGUAUAUUUAAGACUUACUGACUGUCCUGAUUUUCUCACCUGUUUCCUUUUUUAUUACACAUAAAUAAUCCAGUUCUGAAACUUUUUUUUAUUUAACACUAGCAGCUGAAUUUAAAAGAAAAGAGUCUUAUUUGUAAGGCAUUACACAACAGGCUUGUGCGAUAUCAUUUCACUGGUCACCAUUUACCAUUACGUUUAAUUAUCCAGAAUGUAAAAAGAAGAAAUAUAACUGUAAAUAUUGGAUAGAAUCCUUUUAAAAAUCUGAAAAUCUGCCACAAAGUGAUCAGAUAACUCUGUUGAUCUGCUGCUCAAAGUUCGUUUGUGAGCUCUGAUUAAUGCAGGAGAGAAACUUCACAUAAUCACCAUUAACUUUAUUUAUAAAGCAUAAGAUUUGACACCUUUUUUUCUGUUGUUGAAAAAAACACACUUUUGAACAAUAGAAAUAAUUUCUUUCCAAUGUCACCUUUCAAUUAACAUAUUUUUGUACUUAUUUUUUAAUUAGCGUUCGUUUAUGUAGAGCGUCUGCUGUACACGUCCCUGUUUAUGAGCUGUUACUAUAGAAACAAUAAGGUAUUAGAGUGAGGGCAUUAAUAUAAACCUGUUGUUCACGUUACAGAAGGUCCAGCUGUGCUGUUAUACACAUGUAGUAAACACCUUCUGACCAAUCAGAAAUGAGCAUUAAACCAUGCUCUUGUGUAAAUGUUUAUAUCGCACAAGCCUAACAUUAUAUAUUUAGUGUAUAGAAAUAAAAUACAAUAUAAUGUAUGCUGAAGUAAACCGUUUAACAGGCAUUUCCAGAUCUAAAAGCAGCUUGGAUGUAUCAGUCAUUUUUCUAGCUGCACACUUGCAUGUAUGUAUAUGUGUGUGUGUGUGUGUGUGUGUGCGUGUGUGCGUGUGUGUGUGCGUGCGUGCACUCAGCUGGCCUGAGGAAGCAGCAGUUGAGAUCUUGGUAUGGACCAACAUGUUGUUGGCUCACAUCUGUGCUGUUAGUCGUGUAAUAGUGUCAAAGCUCUUCAGUUUAGAAAACAUUAAAAUAUUAUGCAAAAUUG